GGAGGUUUCGCCACGAUGUUUUCCAAGAGCACAGCACACUCUUGUGCACCAGGCAAGCCUGCGGGGUGUGGGAUGCCGCCCUACCCUGCCGGGUCUCCAAGGGAGGGCGCGGGACAAGGUUGGGCUGGACAAGGCGCCUCAGCCUACGCCUUGCCCCUCCACCCGGGGCACCACGGCUUCGUCUCGCCACAUCUGCACCGCGGGCCGGGGCGGGGCAGCCCCUGUCUCCGCCAGGGGCCACAGCCGCUCUGCCCCCGCCCUGAGGGGAACCUUGUCCCGCGGAGCCCGCUCCCCGCGGAGCCCGCACCGACAACUCCACCGCCCGUGCCCACCCCGCCAUGGCGGCGAGAGACUCAUCCCGGCAUGCCCGGCAUUUCCCGGCCGCGCUGCCUGGAGACGGCGGCCGGGGCGGGGCGGGGAGGAGCGGGGCGGGAAGGGGAGGAUGCUGCGGCCGCCGCGGGGCCAGGCGGCGGCAGGAGGAUGCGGCGGCGGUGGUGCCGGCAGCAGCAGGCGGAGGAGCGGGGAGCGAUGCGGUGCUGCGCGGCGGGGCUGUGGCCGCACAGCGCCCUCACCACGCUCCUGCUGACAGCUUUUUUGCUAAGCUCUGCUGAUGGCAAUAAUGGAACUGUUAACUGGACGACUAAGCGAGCCCACAGUUAUGUUAUCAGCAGAAUAAAGGCUGUUCAGAAGAAUGUGUACACAAUUCUGUCUAAGGUGCACUCUGAUCGGAAUGUAUACCCUUCUGCUGGAGUUCUGUUUGUUCAUGUUUUGGAGAGAGAGUACUUUAAGGGGGAGUUUCCUCCUUACCCAAAGCCUGGUGAAAUAAGUAAUGAUCCUAUAACGUUUAAUACCAAUUUAAUGGGUUACCCUGACAGACCUGGAUGGCUGCGCUAUAUACAAAGGACACCGUACAGUGAUGGAGUGCUGUAUGGCUCACCAACUGUAGAAAAUGUGGGCAAGCCAACCAUCAUUGAGAUCACUGCGUAUAACAGGCGUACCUUUGAAACAGCGAGACACAAUUUGAUCAUUAAUAUAAUGUCAGCAGAAGAUUUUCCUUUGCCAUAUCAAGCGGAAUUCUUCAUAAGGAAUAUGAAUGUAGAAGAAAUGUUGGCAAGUGAAGUUCUGGGUGACUUUCUGGGAGCAGUGAAAAAUGUAUGGCAGCCAGAACGCCUGAAUGCUAUAAACAUUACUUCAGCCCUUGACAGGGGAGGGAGAGUUCCACUUCCCAUUAAUGACAUGAAAGAGGGUGUGUAUGUGAUGGUUGGGGCAGACGUUCCUUUCUCUUCGUGUUUACGAGAAGUGGAAAACCCACAAAAUCAGCUGAGGUGCAGUCAAGAAAUGGAGCCUGUAAUAACCUGUGAUAAAAAAUUUCGUACUCAAUUCCAUAUUGACUGGUGUAAAAUCUCUCUGGUUGACAAUACAAAGCAAGUUUCCACCUUUCAGGAAGUGAUUCGAGGAGAGGGAAUAUUACCUGAUGGUGGAGAAUACAAGCCACCUUCUGAUACCCUGAAAAGCAGAGACUAUUACUCGGAUUUCCUAAUUACGCUGGCAGUGCCCUCGGCAAUAGCACUGGUGCUUUUUCUAAUACUUGCCUAUAUCAUGUGCUGCCGACGGGAGGGAGUGGAAAAGAGAAACAUGCAAACACCAGACAUCCAGCUGGUGCACCACAGUGCUAUACAGAAAUCAACCAAAGAGCUUCGUGACAUGUCCAAGAACAGAGAGAUCGCGUGGCCGCUCUCCACUCUGCCCGUGUUCCACCCCGUGACGGGCGAGAUCGUCCCGCCCCUGCACACGGACAGCUACGACAACACCAGCAUGCCUCUGAUGCAGACACAGCAGAACCUGCCACAUCAGACUCAGAUUCCACAGCAGCAGAGUGCAGGAGAAUUUCGUAUGACAACAUUUCAAAGAUUUGAGGUAAAUGGUAUUCCUGAGGAAAGAAAACUAACAGAAGCAAUGAAUUUGUAAUCAGAGAAGGCAGCAAAUUGUCUCACUUCCUUAUUUGUUCUGGUUGAUGCAUGAGUUUUUCUGGUGUAUAUUGUGCAUGCCCACCGUAUUAUGACGCUUUCAGUGCCAGGAGUACAAUCACUUCCAUAUAACUGAUGUACUGUAUCCUUUUGUACUUUGGACAUUUUUUGACAAUUUGUAAACACUGAUAACUUUUUAUAUUUGUUACAUUCAGGAAGUAAUCUUUAAUGUAUAUAUAUAUAUACAUAUAUAUAUGUAUGUAUGUGUAUAUAUAUAUAUAUAUAUAUAUAUGUAUGUAUUAAUAAAUAUCAAGCUUUAUUCUGUCUUGUGAUCUCUCCUGAAAGUUUUAACAGGGAAAUCAAAACUUAAAAAGAUUUCAGACUGUUAAUGGGAUGAUAUAAUUGCCUAAAAUUUGCACAGGAAAAGCAGUAGUGUACAAGCAUGAAAACUUGUGCAACAUGAUGAGGCUCAGAAAUAGUAUUGCACAUAUAUUAGGUUUUAAUAUUUUAGAGAUAACCAAAUAUAAUGAGCAAAGUUAUUUUUGGAAAAUAAAUAAAGAAAUAAGCCCCCAGAGAAAAUAACUAAAACUUCUCAUGAUAAAAAUCGGGUUUCUGUUCUUUUAACAGAUAUUUAUGCUAUUUCAGAACUUGUAAGCAAUAAAGCAUUUAAAAUCUGUCCAUUCAUUCACCUGGUUAUGUUAGAAGAAACUGUUUCAAACUAUUGUAGGCAAAACUGCAAACUGUCUGCAAAUAAGCAAGGGUUUAAUUUGGUACAGUACACCCGGACUAACUCUUUAAAAACACUCUUUAUAUUUUUUUGUGGUAUUCACAAUAAAGAGCCCCAGUGCUGUUUAUUUUUUAUAUCCUCCACAUUUUUUUCUUUUUGGAGCACAAACUGUUGUGGGAGAAUUGCAUAUCCAGUAAACCAGGGAUUAUAUUUUCACAUCUUAAAAAGGACUUAAUUAAAGGCAUAAUUUGCUGGGAAGUGGUUUCUUUGAGAGGCAUUUGUCCAUGCAGCUGAAAGCUUAAUAAUAUAUGGACUUUGCUAAAAGGAUUUGAACUGGGGUUUCAUGUUUUUCAAUAGACAAUUAAAUUCAUCCACUGACACUUUUCACCAGCUUUUAAGUGAAUUUAUGAUGCUUCUUUAAAUCUUCAAUUUAAGGACAUCACACAUGACUUCAGGGUCUGCAGCUAUAACAGCUGAUACCAAGAGUUCAUGGGGUUUUACCUCAAAGCGUGGCAUUGUUUCAAGCUGACACUUACGCUUUGUCUUUUUUUCUGUAAUAUUUUCUCUUUCAGAAGCUGUAUGUUCAUCAGGACAUUGCAUUGUAAGCAGAAAACUGCGUCUGCUUUAAAAUUGCCAAGUGCUGGCUACAUUUCCUUAGCUGAGGUUCCUGAAGUCUCUGCUAAGAGAAAUUUGAGUAAUUUUGGAAUUUAAGACAGAGGAUAAAAGAAAUCUGUAAAAUGAGGUCAUUUUGUAAAAAGACAUAAGUAGUUGCUCUUGGUUUUGUGGUUUUUGGUUUGUUUGUCUUUGAUUUUCUCUUUUUACAGUUAUGACCCAGUUCUGUCAAAACACAGAACCUUAAUUUACAUUAUUUUUAAGCAUCAAUGAUGUGUUUGUAGGCAUGGAUGUGAAUGCAGGAUUCCAGCAGACAGAACAGAUCCUGGGCUGCUUUUUAGACUAAUUUUGAGCACCAGCUAUGAUCACUGUGGCAGCAAAGUAGAUAAGCAGUGCUCAGUACGUGGUACCUACCUGUAUAUUGUCAAACCUUCAGUAUCAGUUUACAAAGCUGUUCUGCAUGCUCAGCACAGCCCACAGGACGUGGCAGCAAAUCCUGGUGGUGACUGUUAGACCAGGAGAGGUAGCUCAGGCUACAGGAAUUCAAGUUAAGAAAUUAAAGGCAGUUCCUGAAACAGGUGGAAAAAAGAGCCAUUUCUACUCACUUUUCGAGUGGCAUCCAUCAUGCCUUCCUACCUCAUCCAAAAGGUACCAGGAAAGAGACUUCACCAGUAAAUCAGCCUCCUCAGAGACCCAUCCCCCCGUUCUUUCUGGCAGCUGGGAUGGUUAUCAGUGAAAAGCAAAUCACUAAACUGCAUACUGAGGUUUUAUAGUAAACUAAACAUUUUCAUCUCUUACCCAAGCUGUAAAAAAAAUUCAGAUACAAUCAGCAUUUGGCUUCUAUUAGUUUAUACUACUGUUUUCAGAUGUAUCAGCUGUCAGUGUUUUGAAACCAAAAUGAAUGGAAUGGAUUUUAAAUAAUGAUUUUUAAUGCAACGUAAGAUUAAACUUUGUAAAUAGUUCUGGGCGUGGAUUAAAGUAGUUUCUGAUAAUUCCAGGAUGACAUGACAAUCAAUGGAUCUACCAGUUGGGCUGCUCCCACCUUAUUUGUAUUAAUGUAACAGUGUCAAUAUAUUUAAAGAAAUAAACUGUUACAUACAUACAGAAAGAAUUUGUUUGUAGCAGUGCAGGCUCCGCCUAUUUUGGAAAGAAUCUAAUGAUGUAGGUCACUCAGGUGUUAAGAAUACCUGAACUAUUUUAUGAUCAAAAUCUUCAUUUGUCUGAGGUAAGUUUAAUAACAAAUUAUUUAUUUUUAACAAUUAAAACAAUUACUCUGAAAGCAUAGAUUUAUAAAGCUGGUCAAAGACACUUAAUGGCUAAAGAAUUAGUAAUAAUUAAGACAGUAAAUUCACAGCCUCUUUUAACAUGAUAUGAUGGCAAUAUGAAUGGAUACUGUAUUAAGUUGCAACCAAAUUAAGCAGAAAGCCCUACACAUCUCUUUGUACAUACAUGAAAUGUAUGAUCUAAUAAAACAGAAAACACAAAGUA